UACAUGUCGCAGCGAGUGUGUCGAGGAAUAUUUUCUUAAUCUUUGGAUAUUAAAACCGUGGAUAUUUCUGGAAAUCAUGCAAACAUCUUGAAAUGAGAGUGUGAAAUGCUAUCACUUCCGAGAGUGAGGAUUACUACCACUGCCCCGUUGAUGAAUACGAGCAGAACGGGUCUCAGGAAGAGCUGCGGCUGCAUUCAUAAACACUUCUUUAGGACUCACACAAACCCCUGAGCUUUGUUUUGGAGUCACAAAAACAACACACAUCCCUGUUUUGCUCGUGUGUUGACAAUGGCUGAAAAAGGUAAAAUAGAGCAUCUCGGCGCAGUUGUCAGGCUCCGAGAGGAACACCAGAAGGUGGUGAAAGACUGUGAAAGUCGGAUUCUGCACUGGAAGAAGGUGUCGGGUGACUAUGAGGCCCUCAAUGACCGCCUCAAAACUCUUCCAGAUCAGCUGUCUUAUGACAUUAUGGUGCCCUUUGGCCCGUUGGCCUUCAUGCCUGGGAAGCUGGUGCACACGAACGAGGUCACGGCGUUGCUCGGCGACAACUGGUUCGCCAAGUGCUCGACCAAGCAGGCUCAGAAAAUUGUCGAUCACAGGAUGAAAUAUGUGAAGAGUGAACUCGAUGAUCUUUCAAAGACGGCGAAAAACUUUGAAGCCAGAGUCGGGCUUGUGAAGGAAUUGGAAACCAUCUCAUCUAAUAAAGGGGGCUAUGUUGACAUUAGAGAAGACAGCGAAAACACUGACAUUGUUGUCAUUAAAGGAAAUCAAAGAAAAGCUCACAAACCAAAUUCUAAGCCCAAACUGGAUGCCGUGUUGCAUCUAAAAAAGGAGGUCGAGGAGAAUGGAGGAGAGAGCGAAGAUGGAGGAAGCGGGAAAGACGCCACAACUAAAGAGGAGUUGUGGGCGAGAUUGGACGAACUCGAAAAACUGGAGGAGCUACAGGAUGAGCAGGACCGAAUAUCUUAUAACGUGGACAUGAAUGGGGAGGACACGUCGUCCUUUUCCUCAGAAGAGGAGAAGGAGGGAGAUGCUGCACCUCCUGAAAAUGGACUCGGUGUGAAGCCGAGCUGGACCUCCGUGCCUCACGGCAAAGCGCCACCGAGCUCAGACAGAAAAGACGACGACGAAGAAGAGGAAGGCGGCGGUUUGCCGACCAUCUUUUUCUCGCACACAACUGAACCCAAGAAGGUGAGGAUAAACACGGGGAAAAACACCAUGUUGAAGUUCAGCGAAAGGAAAGAGCAGAAGGAUCUCUCGAAGAGGAAACAUAAGAACGGGCACAACAACGGGCACUCCCAUCACGAACUUCACAAAAUCACAACACCCACGGACCUUUACAGGUUGUUUGUUGACGUGAAGAACGGGGAACCCGUCCCCAGGAAGUCCAUCCUGAAGUCCCGCAGCCGAGAGAACAGCGUGUGCAGCGACACGAGCGAGAGCAGCGCGGCGGACUUCGAGGAGCGCCGGACGACCGGACGCAGCUUCAGCCACGAGGACACCACGCCCAGCGACACCAGCGACGGCAUCGCGGAGGAGGAGAGUCCCACGGCGGUGCCACUGCACCCCGCCGGCCGGUUCGGGGCCUUCUCUGGCACAGUAGUCGAAAAGGACCCGAUGCCUUCAGCUGUCCCCCACCUGACCAUCGCUGCGCCCGCUCUGCCGACCAUCCUGGAGAGGAGGCAGGAGGAGGUGGCGCCGGACGUGGCCCCGCCCCAGCAAGCCCCGAAGAAGCUGUCAAAGUUCAAAGCUGCCAGGUUGCUGCGGAAGUGACCGGUAACGAGCAAAUACCUUUAUUUCACAUCGAGUUGUUUUUGGUUUGGUUUUUUUCAAAGCCUUUUUGUUUCUUUUCUACAUGCACAAAUACUCCUUUCUUUCCCGCUUCGCUCGCUUCUAUCCAUGCAGGAUGUCAUUCACGUCAUUGACUUUUAAGUAAAUGUACAUUAGCCUGGUUGCCAGCGGUAACCUUGUGUGUAACAAUGCUUUUUAACAAGCUUCAAACACUAGUAAAUGUCUCUUUAGCUUAUCCACUCCCGGGUAUACAUGGCACUUAACAAUUUGUCCGUCUCUCUGCGGGGCUUGUUUAUACCGAUCGCUGUCAUAUGUUUGAACCUGUCUUCUGCUUUUCUGUUGAUCAAAUCUAUUGCCAGUUUAGGUGAGACUCUGGGCCUCACUUAGGACCGGCUGCCUUGUUUUAUUCCUUUUUCCAAGUAUUGAUCAUUAAACGGAAUCGGGUGCCCGCUAGCUAUCGUUUUACCUUUUCUAGACAUGCCUAAUGAAUGUAUAUAUUCCUUUGUGUCGAGCUUUAUGUAAAGACAAAAAAGAAUAUUGAUGUAAAAUAAAAAUAAGAAAAUUGCAUAA